ACAGACACACACUGUUUUCACUUCAGUCAAACCAACAUCAUGGCGUCGGGGAGAGAAGUGUUCGUGGCUGCCGCUGUUUUUGUUGCUUCCCUCAUUUCACACAGUGAGGGGAUAAUUGGGGGCAGAGAGGCAGCGCCACACUCUCGACCUUACAUGGCCUCCAUCCAGAUGCCGGAGGGAGUGAACCUGACACAUGAAUGUGGAGGGUUUUUGGUCGCAGAUCAGUGGGUGAUGACGGCAGCUCACUGUCUGCCCACCGGUCCGAACGGGAGGAAAGUCGUGCUGGGUGUUCAUUCUCUGAAGGAAGCUGAGGAAACAAAGCAAACCUUUGACAUUUUGGAGCAUUACAACCACCCAGACUACAACCCGUCAAAUUACGAUAAUGACAUUGCUUUGAUUAAGCUGGAUCGUCCAGUCAACAUCUCCGAGGCUGUUAAACUGGUGGAAUUCCUGCGAGUGGGUGGAACAAACCCCUACACUGGUGCAGAGGUGGACACAGCUGGCUGGGGUUCCGUGAACGACCUGGGGUCCAGACCCGACAAGCUCAAAGAGGUGGCGGUGGACAUUUUCAGCUCGGCUCGCUGCAAACGCAGUGACUACUACGGCAACAAGUUUACCGCCAACAUGAUGUGUGCGCACAGGGUUUGCCCAGACCCCUGUCAUCAGCCGUUCAGGAAAGAAGACAGCUGUGAUGGGGACUCUGGGGGUCCGCUGCUCUACAAUGGAGUUGUGGUCGGCAUCACUUCCAAUGGGGGAAAGAAGUGUGGCCAAAUUAAAAAGCCUGGAAUUUACACCAUCGUCUCCCACUACACUGAAUGGAUUGACAACACCAUGUCCCUGCAGCCGACUGCAGCAACAGACCAGAGCAGUUAAACAGAACAGAGCCGAGACCUGCGAUACAUUUUUUAUAUUGUUUAACAGGUUUUAUACGGACAUUUGUUUCAGUAGAAUGCAUGACUCUAGAGACAAACAUUCAACAACCAGCCACACAAACAUAUUCGCCGGAAUAAUAUCCCACUUUCUAUAUUUCACAUUUGUAUAUUUUUUUUAAACAAAUUUGUGUACGAAGAAAUCAAUAAAAUACAGAUU